GGGCAUUCCUAUUACUUAUUCCGGGAGAGGAUUGAUCAAUAAAAUACCUACACUCACUUCCUUCCAUAUCGUUGGCUCCUGUCCUUGGUCGUACAUCCCAAUCAUGCCGCCCAGGACCAAAAAGCGCAGCCCUGACGCUGAGAGUGAUCUCGUGAUUGACAACAAUCAUUCAUCGAAAAGGACAAAGACUAAGGCUCCCAAGGAAUCUAAAGAUUUACCCGUUGUUGAGCCAUAUGUCAGUGAGGGUAAAACUGACUCGAACGGAGACCGUUAUUGGGAAAUCUCAAAAGCACGCCGUGUGACCAUUUCGUCUUUCCGAGGAAAGACCAUGGUCAGUAUAAGGGAAUACUAUGAGAAAGAUGGCCAAGAGCUUCCAGGGAAGAAGGGAAUUGCUCUGCCGCUGGAUCAGUUUUCCUCCCUCGUGAGCUUGCUACCAGACAUUGAAUCUGCUCUUCAAGAAAGCGGAGAGUCAAUUCCUCGUCCAAGCUAUGCCAGCGGCAGUAGAAUGAUUGUUGACAACGAAGGGGAAGAUUGUGAUUCAGGUGACCUUUUAGACGCAGGGAACUCUCGCAAAAACAUCGAAGCGACAAGUGAGGACGAUAGCGAUGAGUAGGCAUACCAUCCAAACUGAUGGCUUGGAAUCUGGUGUCGUUCGCCCCAGAUUGUUUUGAAACAGAGCAAGCAGAGAACUUUCUAAACGUCCGCAAAUGUUCUGUUUUUCUAAAGCUGUCGCCUUGCCAUUGAGUGACUAUGCAAGUCGAAAUGGAAUUUCUAUCCCCAAGUCUAGGAAUCCGUGAGUAGAAAUUGCAUUCUGCUGUACCUUCUAAGCCUCCUAAGAUACAAUUAGCUAGCCUGCCCGCAUUUUGGCCAUAUAACUUGUGCUAUUCGAGAUACU